AACGUUUUUAAGAUAAAGGAUCUAGGUCUUUACUACUACUUUAUAAGUGUUAGGAUCGUUAGAGAUAAAGAAAACAGAACUAUAUCUCUUGUACAAGACGCUUACAUUAAUAAGGUACUUAAACACUUUAGGAUAAGUGAUUACAAAGCCUCUAAGACGUUAUUAGAUCUAGCUUACGUAAAGCUUAUAGUUUUAAACCUAGAACACACUAUAGUAGAUUAG